AUGAGAGAUUGUGGUUGUGGUUAUCAAAACGUUCAACUUGCUACGUCAAGAAUUGUUGGCGGGAACGAAGCUAUUCCAUACAGUUGGUCGAUGAUUGUAUCGAUUCGAUACAAUUGUAAUUUUGAUGGAAAUGUUACAGCACAUUGUUGUGGUGGUACUAUUCUCAACGAUUAUUAUAUUCUUACGGCUGCACAUUGUGUUGAACAAAUCGAUCAAUCAUCUGUACUAUCACAAAAUAUUACUAUUGCUGCUGGAAUUCACAAUCUAUCAGAAAACAAUCAAACAAUUCGACGUGUCGAUCAGAUUUUCAUUCAUUCUGAAUAUGCAGGACAGCCACAACUAUUUAAAAAUGAUAUUGCUAUCCUUCAUCUAGACAAACCACUUAACCUUGACAUUAAUCCAUUUAUUACUCGAACUUGUAUUCCACCUCGAAUCAAUUCAUCUGAAGAUAUCAUCGAAUAUCCAUCAAAUGGAUCCAUGUUAGUUACUAUAGGUUGGGGCAUGACAGAUCAGUUGGGAAACGUUCAACCUCAGGUACUACAACAAGUGAGUAUCUAUGCAAUUCAUCAUAAUUAUUCGACAUGUAAAAGAUCCAUUGGACAUAUUAAUGUCCAAUUUUGCGGAGGAUUGUUUGAUGGUCGUAAAAGUAUAUGUUUUGGUGAUUUCGGUGGUCCAAUUUUCAAAUGGUUGGAUGAUCAUUGGCAACAAGUAGGAAUUUCCUCAUAUGUGAUGAACGAUUGUACAUCGGUAGGCUAUCAAAGCGUUUUCACAAGACUCGCUUCUUUUUACGAUUGGAUCGAAGGAAUUGUAAAUCAAAGAAACAUUACAACACUACCUUCUUCUAAAACUACUACUACUCCUACGGCGAUUAAUACUACGAAAUCUUCAGAUUUCUUUCCAUGUAAUAGAUCUGCUCCGUGUGGUUGUGGGUACAAUGAUGUACUUUUAACACCUUUACGUAUUAUUGGUGGUGAAGAUGCUAUUGAACAUAGCUGGUCAAUGGCGGUUUCACUUCGUUUUGGCACACCUAAAGUUCAUGGAUGUGGUGGAACCAUUCUUUCAGCUUCGUAUAUUCUUACUGCAGCUCAUUGUGUAUGGGAAUAUGUAGAAUCGCCAAACAUGGUGACUGUGGCAGCAGGUGUGACAAAUCGAUCAGAUCCAAUUGUCUACGAACGGAGUGUCUCUCGUAUCUAUGUACAUCCAAAUUAUACCCAUUUUUUCUUCAAUGAAUUUCUUAAUGACAUUGCUUUGCUGUAUAUUGACCAUCCGUUUAUAUUUCACAACCAUGAUAUGUUGUCCAAAACGUGUGUACAUCAUGUCGAUCCGCCAAUUUCUAUUAGUCAAUAUCCAAAGAAUGGUACGCGUCUUGCUGUGAUUGGUUGGGGUAGGAUGACUUCAGAAAGUUCGGAAUUAGCCGAUAAUCUUCAACAAAUUCAAGUAUAUGCAAUGGACAAUCACGAUCCGGCAUGUUUCGAGUCAAUUAACGAUGUUGAUAUGCAAUUUUGUGCCGGAUUAUAUGAAGGAGAAAAAGGUCCGUGA